AUGAACAUGGAUCAGCAGGAGGAGGAUAUGCCUCAGCAUAAUCUCAUGCAGCUGCUCUGUUCUGUAUAUAACUUGGACGGCACCCCGAUGCAGGCUCACUUUCAGGUGCCCCAGUUCGACAACAAUGUCCCAGAGAUGCCACCCCCAGCGACUUAUGGAUGUCCCCAUCCCCCAACCCCUCUGAGGAUGUCGGACCUAGGGAUAGUGCCUACUGCACCCAUUAUCCUGGACGGUCACUGUCCGGGUGGCAACGAGUGGAUGCUGCACGACUUCUUGAAGACGGAGGUACUUGACAUGCCAGGUCUCGACAAUACUCCGCCGUCUCACACCAUAACACCCUGCACCGAGCGUCUCGAGCCAGUCACCCCGACUCAGUACCCCAUCUCCCUGACCGCCGUCCCGGGAACGAAGCUCGACACCGACAGACCUCCCAAGAGACACCGCCUCCAGGCCCCACAGAUCACAGAUGGUCCUGACGGCCAUCUCGUCUCCCUCCUCGGCCAGUCGACCUUCAAGUACCAAGGUCACAUCAUCUCCUUGACCCACGCCAAUAAUCUCCGCCAACAAUACGACCUCCUCUCAUGUCAGAGAGACCGAAACACCACCUCCCCAGAGCAAGACGAGUCUUUUCCCAACACCAGCGAUGAGUUCCGUGGUCGGAUCCGCGAGAUCUUUGAAGCCAUCUGUGACUGGACCGAUCUACGAGAGUGGCGAGCCAAGAUGGGACAGAAGCGCGUCAGGGAGUGGCUUGCUGAAGUUGCCCAGCAGAGGCGAAGCCUAGGCCUCGAUGAUGACUUGUCCAAGCUCUCCGACAAGGAGCUCCAGCCUCCGGCGAAUCGCAUGCCGUCGAUGAAGGAGCAGUGGAAGAAUGUCAUCCACCGCACCAUGUCCGACGUUGAGAUUGAACUCCUCUGCGCGCAGAUCCUCGACAACAAGGUCUUGAUCCACUCGGCCAUAAGAGCGCCCUGGAUCACACGCAUCACAAACUCGCCACACUCAGAGACUCGUAGAAAGUACCAGAAUAAGGCUGGCAACGAUCGCAAGCGAACUCUGAUUGAGCAGGGCGGUUCAGAGAAGAAGAAGGCCAAGGCCGAGUCCAUGUCACCAUUCUGA